UCGCGUCGGCCCCCAGGCACCCGAGAGGGGGAGGCCCGCCGAUCGCAGGCGGCAAUGGGCCGCGCAGGUGGCCGCCCCGCGGCGCCAGCGCGGCGCCAUCGCCGGGCUGCAGCGCCGCGCCUCGCCGCGCAGGCCGCCGCCGCGGCCCUGCUGGCGGCCCUCGCGCCCCGCCCCUGGCCGGGGCCGCCACGGCGGCCGCCCGGGACCCCCUUUGCCGCGCCGCCCGCCGGCGCCCGCGACGCCGCGGAGGUCGCCGUCGGUCCGCUGCCCGGGCGCCGCAGGGCCCUCGCGGCCGCCUCAGUGGGGCUGGUGCCGCUGUCCGGCGGCGCGCCGCCCGCGCAGGCGGAGCAGGGGUGGCAGCUGUCGUUGCCGCGGUCCUGGAAGGUGUUCUCGCAGACGGCGGCGCCGCCCCCGGGGGCGCCGCCGAAACCCACGGCGCUCGUGGUGGCCGGGGACAUCCAAGGCGGCGGCGAGAUGACGGUGCUGCGCGUGCCUUUGUCGACCGCCCCAGGGGCGCCGGACCCAGAGGGCGCCAGGCGGCUUAUCGAGUAUUUCGAGACGCCUGUCGGCGUGGCGCCGAAGGUGGACAAAGCGCAGGCCGUGGAGGUCGUCUCGUCCUCUCAGCGGCAGCAGGUCGGGCUGACCGACUUCCAGAUGCUGGGGCAGCCGAACGAAACGAUCAAGGAUGGAAGGCGCUACCUGUCCUACGAGUUCGAGAACUCCGUUUGCCUGGGCAACGUCGUCGAGUCCAGUAAUGGAAGGCGGUGCGAGCGGUCGGAUGCACCGGGAGAGGCGCUGGAGUUCUUCAGCAGGCGGCACGUCAUAAAGCUCACCGUGUCCGACGAGGGCGUCAAAGGACCAGGCAAGGUGAGCUACUUGUGGAUGUUGGACUCUUCGGGGCCAGCGGGCGAAAAAUUCCAGGAUGUGGCAGAGGUGAUCGACACGCUGAAGAGCACCUUCCAGCUCGGAGACGAGCAGCAGCUCGAGAGGGACCGCACGGUGGAGCUCACCCCGAGUCAGUUGGAGGCGCUGAAGUCGCAGGGCCUGGCAGGCACCUGAGCAUGGGCAUCACGCUCAGCCCCUAGCGAGCAAUAGCGGACGAAUCCUACAUCAGGGAGCCGCUCCGAGACGUUUGGAGGCGCGCGGGGUUGUGGGUGGGGCGUCCUUUCGUGCACCAGUGAUCUGAACCCCAGCAGGCCCUCUCGAAUGAAGGGGGAGGAUGCGCGCACGAUCCCCACCCACCCACCCCUCAUCAGGGUUGGGGGGGGGAUGCUCAGGUGCGCGCUCUCGCGGCCCGAGGGGGAAUUCCGUCUUCCCGCCUCCAUUUCCACGCGCGACCCCCUUCAAAUGGUUGGGACGUCACGCGUCGCAUCCGCGGGGACGUCGCUCCGCGACUGGCGGGGAGUCUCGCUCUGCGACUGGAGUGGCGCCUCGCUGCGCGACUGGGUACGCCCUCGCGAGCGGGGGCCUAGCGCGUGGGUGACGCAGUCGCGUCGCCUGGGCGGGUGUCUCGCUCCGCGGCUGGGCAACGCGCGAGCGGACGGGAGUCUCGCCCGAGGAAGUUGCGUUGCAUCGGCGGGGUCUCGCUCCGCGAUGGGCGGCGCCUCAUAGCACUGGAAGGCACGUACAGAAUCUGUGCGACCAGCGAGGACAUCAUUCCGACCCUUUGGAAGUCCUCAGGAUCGCAUCCUCAGGAGUCCUGAGUACAUUCUGUAGCAUCCAAAUUGCGCAGGAAUUCGUCACGACCCCUUUGGACUUGCUGACCACAUGUUCAGGGCAUCUUCAGGAUUCCGCGCAUUCCUACGGCAUUGCCAGGGAGGCGUAAGCGUCGCGUGGUUUGUUAGCAAGCUUGGAGCCUCGUGCAGGCGCCCUUUAGGGCCGCUCGGAGGUCGAGCAGGAGCGCGUCUGAUCGGUGAUACCCACAAGCCGACGGAGGCGCAGCCCGCCUCCUUGCGUCCUUUGGAGGCGGAUGAGCUUCACCUCGCCCGCCCUGUCGUCCGCUUUGCGCUCCACUGAACGUUCCGAUCCACUGUCGCCCUCGCCUGACAGGGGUCGAGUGCCGCGCGAGCCCUGGGGAGGCGGAGAAGGAGG